AUGUCCGCCCAAUCACCCGCACCCACUCCUCGCGUCCCUUCCGAGGACAUUAUCAGUCAAAAGGUCAGUCAGUCUCUGCGACUUGUCAAGGUCUGCUUGCUUGCCAUAGAGGAGCAGAGGCGAGCUGCCAGUCUGGAAAGCGAUUUGCCUGUCACCUGUAUGCUCUUCCCCCCCAUCACUGACUGCUCCUGCCUCACGCAUUCACAGACUGAUCUUUGCCUCAGCAAUGCAAUUCUCAAGACCGGCAUCGGCUUCAGCGUAGGCGUGGUCACCUCUGUCAUCCUCUUUAGGCGUGAGUGGCAUGGACAGGAGUAGCAUGCUGGGGGCGCAUAUACUGCGCUGGCGUCGUUGCACAGCGCGUAGCUGGUGUGAAGCUUGCUUGGGAUGAGCGGUAGGGCAGCGCAAACAGAGGAGGUCUUGCAGGCACGGUCGCGGCCAGGUGAAGCUGAGCAGAGACAGGGUGCCGCAGUUAGGCGACGCAUGCGGUUGACUGAACGAUCUGUGCGAGUGACGGCAGCUGAGAUCACGCGGUCCAAGAUGGAGUCCAUGCAUCGACCACCUGGCCUAGCCAGACUCUACUCGCGACAUCGACCUGCCAGCGAGCCUCGAUGGCUGACAUUGCCUGCAUCUGUUCAAAACAACGACUCCUCAUCAUCAAGGUCGCGCAUUCCCCGUCUGGCUGGCCACAGGUUUCGGCGCAGGUCAAGGCUACACGGAUUGCCAAAGGUCCUUUUCGCCCGUCGCAGUCCCUGGCGUUCGAGUGGUUCAAGAUGGCACCUCAUCCGGCAUUAGCUCAGCACCCGCCACCACUCUGGAGAGAUUGUCUCAACGGGCAGGAGAAGCUUUGAGCGUGGCCAAAAAGGAAGGUUCUCAGAAGUUUGGAGAAUUGAAACAGAGCGCAGAGGCGGCCAAGGACAAGGCCAACGAUAAGGUGCGACAGGUUUGA